AUGAGGGGGGGCGGAGCGCGCGAGGUCCUGGGUGGGGAUGCAGGGGGAAGCGGGGGGGAGGGUGCUCGGGGGGGGAGGGGGUGGGCAGGGGGGGGUGCGCCGGUUGGGAGGCCGAGGGAGGGGGCCGGCGCGUGUGCUGAAGUGUCUGAUGAAGAGGAGCUAGAGCCGACCUCCACAAAGGCCCAGAAAAACAAACGGACCAAGAGGACAGAUGCGUGUGCUGAAGUGUCUGAUGAAGAGGAGCUAGAGCCGACCUCCACAAAGGCCCAGAAAAACAAACGGACCAAGAGGACAGAUGCGUGUGCUGAAGUGUCUGAUGAAGAGGAGCUAGAGCCGACCUCCACAAAGGCCCAGAAAAACAAACGGACCAAGAGGACAGAUGGUGAGUACAACUGA